AUGAUCAUUUUAGUUAGGCGGGCAGAUUCAACAAAACACCAUAAGUUACAGCGACAAGAGACUAAAAAAGUCACAAUGGCACCAAACACCAUGAAAGCAGUCGACAUCAAAAACGGCAAAGGCUCCGCAGACGCCCUCUUCAUAAACCCUGACACUCCCAUCCCCCAAGUUCAGCUCGGCCAAGCCCUUGUCAAAGUCAAAGCCUUCGGCCUCAACCGGAUGGACCUGAUCCAGCGCGAAGGCCACUACCCUUUGCCUCCCCAGGCGCCCAGCACGUUGGGUGUCGAGUUCUCCGGCGUCAUCGAUUCCUUUGGUGACGGUGACCACGGCGAUUUCAAGGUCGGCGACGAAGUAUUCGGCCUAGCCUACGGCGGCGCCUACGCCGAGUACAUUGCUGUCUCAUCCAAGAUGCUCUUGCACAAGCCGGCGCACUUGAGCUUCGAGCAGGCGGCGGGCGUGCCGGAGACGUGGAUCACGGCGACACAGGCGUUGCACUUUGUGCUGGGUGGGAUCGGCGAGGAAGGGAAGACGAUCUUGUGGCAUGCUGGAGCUUCGGGGGUGUCGAUUGCGGGCAUUCAGCUCUCGAAGCUGGCGGGCGCAAAACAGAUCUUUGCGACGGCGGGCACGGCUGAUAAAUGCAAGUUUAUCGAGAACGAGCUGGGGGCUACGGCAGCGUUCAAUUACAAGGAGCAGGACUGGGUCGAGGAGAUCUUGAAGAAGACGGAUGGCAAGGAUGUAGAUUUGGUCGUUGACUUCAUUGGCGCCAGUUACUUUCAGAAGAACCUGGAUGUGGUUGCGCGUGAUGGGCGCAUCUGCAUGCUGGGACUGAUGGGCGGUGCUGUAGCCGACAAGGUCGACAUCUCCAAGCUACUCUACAAGAGGGCCCGCGUGGAAGGGAGUACUUUGAGGAGCCGCGACGAGAACUAUCAGGGCCAGUUGAGGGACAAGUUGAGCGAGUACCUGCCCAAGUUCGAGAGCGGUGAUCUCAAGAUCUUUAUUGACACUGUUUUUCCCUUUGAAGAGAUCGUCAAGGCUCACAAGCAGCUUGAGGCGAACAAAACCAUGGGCAAGAUCAUCUGCACUGUCUCAUAG